AACAUUUCCACUACGGCACAAAUAAAUCUAACCAGCUCGAAUAGCCUGCCGAGCAGGUUCACCAACUAGUUCCCAGUUGUCUUUCAUCGGCGUAACAUUGAGAGUGUUCUGUUAGUGAUGUGGGGUCUGUUCGAGGACAAGUAAAUAUUACCCAUGGCACGCACGUGAUAAAUAUUGAACGGCAGCAGAGAGAUCGGCUCAGAAUCAGUCACGGACUCGCAAUCAGUUCUUGUCCAACGAGAGUAAUGAUCAAUGUCAUUGUCAGAGUGAAUUACAGUGAACAUAUUACUGACAAACCAACAGGUCUCGAGCAGCUAAAUUGAUAACCUGAGUGUCGAUCGAAUUACACGUGUAAACAACAUUAAAUUUUCAUCGUCGCAAUGAAGCUACUUCUAACGAUUCUAUCAACGAUACUGAUAUGCAGUCAGUUUACAAACUCGCUGAGAAUUCUCGCCGUAUUUCCGCUGAAUGGAAGAAGCCAUUGGAUUAUGGCCGAGUCAGUGCUAACCAGUUUGGCUAAACGAGGUCACAAGGUAGAUGCCGUCACCCACUUCCCCAUAAAGGAUCCACCACCAAAUUACAGAGAUAUAUCUUUGGAAGGAAGCAUACAAACAAUGGUUAACUAUAUGAAACCAAGCAACAUUUCGCAGAUAAACAUACAGGACUUCAAAUUUCUCACUGAUAUAGCUGGUCAUAAGAUUUGUCAAUUGAUGGAGUUUCCAACGUUAAAGGAACUGAUCGAUAAUCCUCCUAAAGAUCCACCGUAUGAUCUUGUUAUUGUUGAGGUAUUUAUGAUGCCGUGUUACCUGGCAUUUGGUCGUCACCUAAACGUUCCCAUGGUCGCUAUGAUGACUGCAAAUUUCCAAGAGUGGUUCAGCGACAUCAUAGGAACUCCGCAUAAUCCCGCUUAUAUGCCGUCCUUAUUCUCAUCCUACGAUCAACGGAUGACCUUCUGGGAGAGGCUGAUGAAUACCUUCCAAACGAACAUGGUCUCGUUCCAACUGAACUACUACCUGAGCGAGCAGGAAGUGUAUCUGAAGAAAUAUUUCGGCCUGAAUGCCACAAUCUCGGAGCUGUACGGUGACAUAGCUAUUAUGUUGAUAAAUUCCCAUCACAGUCUGAACGGAAUCAGCCCAAAGAUUCCGUCCCUCAUCGAAAUUGGUGGUGUGCAUGUUAAAAACGACUCGACACCUUUACCAUCGGAUCUACAAAAAUGGUUGGACGAAAGCACCCACGGAUGCAUAUUUUUCACAUUCGGAUCGAUGGUGAGGAUCGAGACAUUCCCUGACCCGUUGCUGCGAACAUUCUACAAAGUUUUCGAAAAACUUGCGCCAGUUCGUGUGCUAAUGAAGGUUGCGAAAAAAGAGGACCUACUUCCGGGACUACCAAAGAACGUGAUGAUUAAGUCUUGGUUUCCUCAAGUGCCCAUUCUCAAGCACAAGAACACGAAAGCGUUCCUCACUCAUGGCGGUCUGUUGGGAACACAAGAAGCCAUCUACUUUGGAGUUCCCGUGAUCGGAAUUCCACUUUUCGGCGAUCAAUAUAAUAAUUUACAAAUUGCAGCUAAGAAACAUAUCGGCGUCACUCUUAAUUCGAUAGAGAACGUCAACGAGGAAACGUUGAGCGAUGCGAUCAACACGAUUUUGUAUAACGAUACAUAUCGAACAAACAUGAAGAAACUAUCGCAACUAUUCAAAGACAGACCGAUGAGCGCUGUAGACACCGCGAUUUUCUGGGUCGAAUACGUCGGACGACACGGGAACAUUUUGCAAUCACCCCUGUUUCAUCUUAAUUGGUGGCAACGAAACCUUUUGGACGUUUAUGGUUUCAUCCUUGCCUGUGUUGCAUUAAUACUUUACGUGGCGUUCGUUUUGAUACGAAAAUUGAAGAAUUGUCUACUAGGACAUACGUAUUGCCACGAGAAAGGUGGAAAAUCCUCGAACUCGAAGAAAAAUAAAUAAACCCUAAUUGAUGGGGUUUUUACUAUAGACUUUUAUUAUUUGAAACGAUCAAAAUUAAAAUAAGGGAAAGUGCAGAAUGGGUUGCAAGUGCAUUCUGCGUCUUGAAUUUAGCGAAACAUUCUUCAUCGUUGUUACACUUUUGUACGAAGACAACUUUGUUCAAUAAACUUUCUUAAUAAAAGAGAA